UCUGCGACACAACAAGUUUGGGAGCCCAUGCCACCGCUUCCAGCGUUGUCCGCCCCCGACAUUAACCCUGCUAUUUCGAGAAACUUCCAGCCCACUUUUCCACGUCACUUGAAGGAAUCUUUAAAGCGUCCGUCGCCUGUAUAAAAUGUCUCAGUACUCGACAACCUGCAACAUGAACGGCAUGAAGACACAGUCCCCGAUACUGACCAUGGCAAGUAAUGACAGCGAGCCCCUGCCUCUCGGCUGGGAGGUGAAGAUCGACCCCCAGACUGGAUGGCCCUUCUUCGUGGAUCACAAUAACCGCACGACAACCUGGAAUGACCCGAGACACGACACGAAAAAGGUCCGAGAAGUGUCAGCAAAUGGACCCAACAUACCACCAGAACCAAGUCCUCAGGAGCCACAGAAGACCUUUGUGAGGGAGAUGAAGCACCCUAUUCUUCGCCCAGGUUAUGUUCCCAUCCCAGUCUUCCAUGAGGGAGCAGAACUGAGGCAGCAGCAGCAUCCAUGUUACUCUUACAUCCAGCCAUCCACUGCACAGAAUAUCCGCACAGAUGGGCGGACACCUUCCCCGACGCCAGGGCUCCACUGCAGGCCCAGAUCACCUUUACAUGGACCUUCAGAUGGCUGCUCCACUGAGCCUGGAAAGGUGGGCUCGCCUGUUUCACCAACACCAGAGGUUUAUACUGCACCACAUCACCAACCCCCAAGGCCCAGCAGCACUGGUCUUCAGGCUGGUUAUAUCCCCAUCCCAGUGAUCCACGAAGGUGGAGGAGGCCAAACACAGGUUCAGUUAAAUCCGUCAGUCUACUCUCAGCGCGUCCCCUACUCAGAACAUCAGCAGCCCUUCCAUCGCCUUCAGACAGAUGAAUGGCCUGGCUACUCUGCUGCAAUGCAGCCUCCUCGAGAAAGGGCAUCUCCAAUAUUGCUUCCCCAGCAUCGUGACGCAGCUUCUAUUCACCUCCCGCCUCAUAUUAGAAGCCAGUCACCUAUUAUUACACAAGUGCUGGGAGAAAGACCACAGGCUCAACAGCAUGUCCUCACGAGAGAUCCGCCCCAGAAAAUGGAGCAGGAACAACAAAGCAUGCAGCAGAAACCUGAUAACACGGCACUCCUCCAGCCACUGCACGCAGAAACUGACGUCCAAAAGCCUCAACAACCGCAACAGUUCCAACAGCCUCCACCUCAGCAGCAUCAGCAGUUCCAGCCACCUCAACAGUUCCAGCAGGUUCCACCUCAAACAUGUCCACAGCCUCAGCCACCAGAACAGUUAAUGCAGUCGCAACAACAGUUCCAGCAACCCCAGAAACUAGAGCAACCACAACAACAUAUUGCAGACAUCACAGUUCAAAUACCUCCAAAACCAGAAGCCCAGGACAUGACAACUGCUCCCCCAGAGGUCCCACCUGUAAAAAUAGAGGCUGAACAGGCUCCUCAGUGCCCAGUCCAUCCAGGCUUGACUAAAGUACAGCAGAUAGUCGAACGAGUUGCUAAACUGGAGCAGGAAGUGAAAUGUUUCAAUGGCAAGAAGAAUGAUAAGAAAUACUUGCUACUGGAGGAGCUGCUGACCAAAGAGCUCUUAGCACUGGACUCUGUUGACCCAGAGGGUCGUGCAGAUGUACGGCAAGCGAGACGAGAUGGAGUUCGGCGUGUUCAGACCAUACUAGAAGAACUAGAGCAACUGGAGGAGCAGCCGACCAGGCCUGCCAGCGAGACAGCGAUGGAGGGAGACAACGUGACACAGAAAGGAGAGCCCAGCAUGAUCUCCAAGGAGAAUGUUGAGAUGGCAAAGGAGAUAUCAUAAUGACUGUACACUGGAUAAUAUAGAGAAGAGAAGGAUUCCCUGCUGUAUAUUUGAUAGUGAACAAGUCUGCUCUGGCUAACUCUCCUACUCCUCUAAUUACAGCAUUUGUGGAAGUUGCAUGCAUUGAUUAACAGUGUUGGUAUGUCCAGCCAUUCAGCACAUAACUGAUGGUAGCUCAGUGCAAUCAUGUUUUUCAAGCCAAUGUUGUUGCCUUCUGUGUUGUGCCAAUGUCUUCAUAAUAAGACAGCUGUCAUGAUUAAGAUGUUGUCAACAAUUGCAAGGCAAACUAAAGUUUGAAUAAGAGGCCUUUAUCAAUAAAUGGAAGAGAAGUACAAGUAUUUUCUUAUGAAAUGUUACGUGUAGUUGCCUUUUGUCUGAUCAAAUAUUGUAAGAAGCUUUUCUUAAUCCAGUCAGCACAUCCGUACACGAGUGCAAACAUUCAGGCUUUAAAGCAGAACUCGCUGCAAAACUGAGUCAACAGAAAAGCAUUUUCCCCUUUACCGCCACAUGGCCAUGUUGGAGCUGCUUUGUCACACGACACAGUGAAUAUGUUUAUUAGAUGCUGCUUUUUGGUGCAUUACUGAUUUUGCUGUCUUUGCACUUUGCCAUCAUUGAAAUGUAUCCUGCUGAAAAUCAGCAGCACUUCAUUUGAACAAUAUCAGUUAAACAAGUUUUGAUUGGCGUGUUUGAGUGUUUGUAUGUGAAUUGGUUUACGUGUUAUUUCAAAACAUGAUAUCAGUAUUUAUAUCAUUAUAAAGUAUUUUGGUACAUUUAUGAAUGUCUAAUGACAAACGGGAUAGAUGUGGGUCUUACUUUGAGAUGUGAGACAAUCAGCACUUGGUGCUAAUUAGAAAUCACAGUUAAAGAUUGUCAGAAUGUCCUUAUGUAACUACCAAAGCCACAAUCUGUAAUAACACUCACACAAAACUGGCCUACAAGCCUUAAAAAUGCCAACUGUGAGAAAGCGGCCACUUCAUACACACUUUAGUCUGUCAGUUAAAAACAGUCAGAUCCACUUUUAUGGGUACACUAACUUUCUGUGUAAUAAUUUGCCACUCUAAUAUGAUUGUUAGCCAUCUUUAUGGUGGGGUCACUGCCUAACACGUUCACAAAUUAUAGAUCGUGGCUGAAUGUUUAUCACAGUUGAUUAGUAGCUGGCUGAAGCAUUGUUGAAAGAAACUCACAUUGGUAUGGUUGAAAAUAAAAUGUAUUUGACAUGGA